AUGGCUCAUACCGCAGCUAUCAUGACGGGUAAUGCGAGUGUCCGACACAGAGCCAGAAAUCAACACGUGUCUGGAAAUUCACCAGAGAAUCUUCUCUCUAAUACAAACAUGGAAAUCCAGUGUUCUUCUAUCCCGAGGCCCGCCACUACUUUCAAUAGCCUGCCAUUCGAGAUUCUUUGUGAAGUGCUCUGUCACUUUGAUGAAUAUAAGGAUCUUCUUAAUGCAAUGUGUGCCAGUCGAUUUGUCUACACGGUAUUCAGAGAUGCGCCCCUCAAGCUUCUAUCACAGGUUGCACUGAACAAAGUCCACCCCGAGGCAUUACAAAUGGCCCUGGCAGCAUUCUAUUGCACAACGAACCGCUUGCCAUAUGUUGAGAAUAGCCAUCCUGAUCAAGGCAAAUUGAAGCAAAAGGGCUUCCCCGCAUUUCGAUUUCCAUUCAAGUUGCCAUUUCCCAAGCAACAGUCGGAUAUCACGGCGUUCUUCCACUUCAGCAAAUUAAUACAAUCUGUUGCGGAGAUAUUGGUUGCCAAAUGCCAUGCCUACCACAACGAGCAGCUUUCUCUCAGACAUUUACAAGUGCCUAGCUCGCAUAUUCCUCUUUCAGUCAAGGAGAGGGGGGAUUUAGAGAAAAAGCUCUACCAAUACGAAUUUAUAGCUAGAACUCUGAGUCUCAAUGAGGACGGCACCGUUAAUUCUGACGGUGUUCCAUUCCGAUGGCGGACUUGGCUCCUCAAGAGUCUGGGGGUCGUAGAAUAUCAACAGCUCCUUACUAUCGAAAAAUGGGUGCUGGCGGACUUGCGGUCGUGGGAGCUCGAGUUUCACACAACGUUCGUACAUCACAUCUCCAAAAUUGCCGAGAGUUCCAAGGUCACACGGUCUACCUCACUCGAUCCUACUCACAACACUCCUGGCACGCAAGAACCUCUUGUUGACGUCCAAAUGGCCAUCGCAACGGGACAGCUGUUGGCGACCAUGCCGUACCUAGGCAGGAUGACGUAUAGCCAGGCCGCUAGGGAGCACUGUAUAUUCGUGUCCGUGCUCCAGACCUACGGUCUCAAGCUUUACAAAGUGAUGGUGGAGUCCAGUUCUGCUACACGGCACGACCUAAUGAUUCGCUGCCACAAAAUGGUUGAGCGCAUGUCCCGGCGUGCGACAGCGCCAUAUGCCUUUGUCGGGUACUUCCCACUUGUGAUGUCAAACCAUCCAUAUAUUCAAUUCUGGGAAUGGGCAAACGACAUGCAAGAUCAACGGGUUGGAUUUCCCAACGCGUUUACCGCGGAGAUGAUUCAACGGUCACGUCAAGGUAUGAUCACACUCAGAGGCUUGGAAACCUAUGCGAUAAGGACGGGUUGGUGGUUCUGGGACGACGCUCAUAUGUCAAGCAUGCACUUUGACGAGCACUGUUCCAUAUUUGGGAGUCGCAAGGUAAUUGUUGAUUACCAUGAGCUGUGCGGUCGUGACAACCUUGAGCCUGUCAUGACCGGAGAUUUGAUGGUGAAUAGCGUCGACUAUACGCUACCGCAAACAGCAUGGGAAGAGAUCGUUGCCAAAUAUCAGAUGGACCCUUCUGAGCUAUCUAGUUAG